GUACGGAGUACUCCGUAGAGGUUUUCUUUUUACUUUUGUCCCUUUUGUCUCGGUUUUUUUUCCCUUGCUGAUUCUCGUGAAACUUGAUGGUGAUCCUCUCUUCAUCUACAAGUGAACAGAAUGUUGUUACUAUGGCAGCUCUGUUUUCUUGUGUUUAACUACCUCCAGGCUGUCCGAGCACAGUUCAUCGAGCCGCCUGGACCAGAUGGCAGCAGACAAUAUAGACUCGGCGAAACAGUCACCCUGCGUUGGGAUGGAACAGAUAGCUAUAACAUCCUAUCGCUGGGGAUUUAUCAGCCACAAGUCAACAUGACAAUUAGCUGGCUCAUAUCCGAUACGGUAGAUCGUCCGAAAAAGAUCUCGUGGACGGUCGUCGACUACGGCUUCGAUCUGACUCGAUCGAAUUUAUUCCAGUUCCUGAUCGUUAACGGCACACGCUUUGGCGCUCCGAUUGAUUCGCCAAAGUUUAGCAUUGUAAAUGCCACUGACGACACGUCCGACACCACCACAACGUCAUCAUCAAUAAUGCCUUCGUCGACGACAGCGUCGCCACCAGUCACUUCAACCUCCGAUUCAGAAGCAGACAAUAGGAGCGACCGUGGCCUCGGGGCCGGACCUACUGCCGGCAUCGGGGUGGGUGUCACGGCAGCAGUUGGUGCAGUAAUUGCUGCCGGAUGGUGGUUAUUUCGAAGACGGCGCCGGGCUGCUCAAGCCAACCUUGCCGCAGAGCCACUUUCAAGGGAAUAUAUGCAAUAUGCGGUCAAACCAACAGCAGCGACACCACCACAAAUGCUUGAUUCACAGACGAUUGUCCCAGCUGAACUACAGGGAAGUGAUGACAGGCUAAGAGGCAAAUAGAACUCUCCUGGAUACUUCUCGAUACAUGUUUUGACAGCGAGCGAGCACGACAAUGAGACCGCAAAAAGCCCUGCAGAAACUGAUAUAUGUCAUCACUCAUCAACCGUAAAGCCCGCCUUGCAUUUCAAUAUCCUUCCACAUGCUCAGCGAGCAACAGUGAGCCGAAUAUGGUAGAGCAAGCUUCCAGGCUUGCUCGUUGGUCUUUGGAUCCAUUUCUAAUGAUUUCCCUUCAACUUUCCGUUCGCAACCACCUAAACCAGUUAUCUACAUCUACUCGUUAUGCGUCAUUAGCGGAAACUAUUGUCCAAAUAUGAAUAUAACACAUUAUUAUGGAAGUA